AUGUGCCAUAAUAGGAAAGGAAGAAGAAGUAAAUAGGAGAGGAGAGCUCGUGUUCGGUUUGUGUUGGCGUUUCCGUUGUACUGAUAACAGGAUUAUCUCUAAUUUUAUCAGUAAAUUAAUAAAAUUCUUUGUCAGAUAGUUCAAUAUUAACGAUUAUGUCACUCAUUUUUUUAAUUGGUAGAAUUAUGAAUGUGUAUUUUAUGUCAUACAAAAUUAAAGUCCAGUAACAUAGCAAUUUACUACACUAAUUCAAUUCGGUGUGAAACUCGUGGUGUUCAGGUUUUUCUUAAUUUAAGUCCAUCCAGUUGUUAUCAAUAUAAUAAAUUUAAAAUAUUGACUGCAGUAUUUGUACAUAUUGUGUUUGAAAGAAACUUCAACUAAAUCUUUACAGCUUAAAGAAUGGAUUCAAACACGGAUACUGGAUUCAUGAAUAGCAGUGAUUAUGAACAAAUAAUCAAUGAUUUAAAAGCUGACAGCACUUUCUGCGAGUAUAAAUUUUCACCGUCUGAAAUUACUGAUUACGUGAAGAUGGAGGAUGUCGCUGAUUCUACAGAUGAACAUAAGCUGGUGAUAGCGUAUUCACCAACUUGCACCCUCCCCUGUACUGACUCUUAUCCUGGCCCUUACAACUUCGAGCUCAUGCUGGAUGGUUCCACAUCACACAAGCGGUCCUGGGUGUACUCAGAGAUGCUGCAGAAAGUGUUCAUUGACAUAAACAAGACUCUAUUGAUCCAGUUUCGCCUUAGCCCUAACGCAGGAGACUUGAGGGUUCGGGCCCUUCCCGUCUACUCUAUCGCAGACUUCCUCAACAUCCCUGUACAGCGAUGCGCUCUGCACAUGCUCAACUCUGACCCUCAGCAUCAAGUAAUGAAUGGGUUGGCUCACAACAAAACUCUUAGUCACCAGAGAACCUCAAGGGGUCCAGCACCCUUCAAACAAUCCAUCUACGACGGCAGAGCUAUUUGGAAAUCCCAUUCGGAAGACAACAAGGUGUGUUAUUGCGCCAACUAUAGCUGGGUACGCCAUGUCGUGCAGUCAUCACACGCCGCUGCUAUCUACGACUACGACAGUGCCAGCGACCGGCACAGCGUUGUGGUACCCCUGGACUCCCCUCAGCCUGGCUCUGAGACUGUGGUAGUCGCAUACCAUUUUACCUGCAAGACCAGUUGUCCCCAAGGCAUGCAGCGGAGACCUAUUUCUGUUGUCUUCACCUUGGAAACCAGUCAGGGAGAUGUAGUGGGCAGACAGUGUUUAUCAGUGAAGAUCUGCAGCUGCCCCAAGCGUGAUAAGGAGAGAGAAGAAGCUGAUAAUCCACUUUCUGAGGGCUGGUCCAUGCUCGACACAUGCACCAAACCUAAAAAGAGGUCCUCUGAUCAUAAAUACGGCUCUUCCAAAAAAUCCAAACAGGACAACAACCAUCAAAUUAAAGCAGUCAGCCAGCUGGACCAGAAAAAGUAUGAUGACAUAAAAUCAAUCCUGAUGGCACUGUGUGAGCAGAUCGGUCUGCUGGCAGAGAAUCAGAACAAGUUGAUGGAUAUGAUGGCUCGUAUGGAAGACUCUCAGACGAAGAUGAUUGAUGCACUGCUCCAAAUGUUGAGACAAAGUUCCUGAACUUUAGGUUAGAAGAUUCAUUGUUGGCAGAUAAACCAACAACUUGUAAUUAAUUGAUCUCUUUGUUAUGAUAUUUACCAAACACAUACUCGUUCAAGUGUCAAAUCCAUUGUAUUUAUUUUUGGGUGUGUAUAUUUUUGCACAUUCGUAUUGUUAUUAUUGUAUAUUAAUUAUAUAUCUAAUUUUAUGUUCUUAUUUCGAAGCUGUGAUUUUAGUUUUAAUUCUGAGGAACUUUUUGUUUUGUGUUAGUUAAACAACAUUGAGAUAAUUAAUUUCUAUUUUUUACAAAUACUUUUAAGUUGUAAUUUUUAUAAUAUUACUAAAAUAGUACUAUAAUACAAAUUUAAAACCCGAUCUGUUUUGGUAAAUUUAUUGGAAAAUUAUGAUGCAAUCAUACUGGAAGCAUAUUACAUCAAGAAGUUUCCAGUACAAAAUAUUAAUUAAAUAUCUUAGUUUAUGGCUAAAUAUAUUAAAUCUUUAUUAAUGUAAUGUUAUGUACAUUUCAAAUUUUGUUUUUAAAUAAAAAAAAUUAGUGCCUUAUAUUAACAGUUAUAAAUGUUAAGUAGCACUUUAGUGCCUUUCAAGCAAACAAUAUUAAUGAAACUCGGACCCUGCAGUUUAUUUAAUUAUAAUUUAGUAUGUAAAAGUUAUUGUAGGAAAGACUUAAAAUAUUACUGGAGCUAAUUCUUUCUAUUGGUAUAAAAUAUACUGAAUAUUUUGAGUAUUGAUAUAAAAUAUCAUUCACAAUAUUCAGAACUUUUUAAUACUUAAUCUAGUAUAACUAAAAUUAUGUUAUUAAUAAAAUCUAUUAAAUAAAAUAAUUUCAAUAUAAGACUGAUACUGACACAAAAAUGCAUAAAUACAUUGAAUAGUGUUUGUAUAUAUGUAGUAAACUUGAUUAAUAAGAUGUUAUAGUAAUAUAAAAAAAAAUUUUCUCAAGCUAAAUAUUUCUUAAUUUGUUUUAAUAGUUUUAGACCAGACAUGGACAGAUUAAUGUAGGUUUUAUACUUAUAAAGUAUAUGACUUUAGUUAAUUAAUUGUGCUAAAUAUUACUUUUGUUGAAUUUAUUGUAAAGAUCAAGAAGUUCUGUGUAUUAUUUUAUAGUUUAAGUAAACUUAAGAUUUUAUAUUCCUUAAUUUAAAGUAC